UGAGGCGGAACUCUUAAGGUGGAUCAUUAUGGCUGACAUGCAAAAUCUUGUAGAAAGAUUGGAAAGGGCAGUGGGCCGCCUGGAGGCAGUGUCACAUACCUCUGACAUGCACUGUGGGUUUGGAGACAGUCCUUCAAAAGGAGCAGUUCCGUAUGUGCAAGCAUUUGACUCACUGCUUGCCAAUCCCGUGGCAGAGUACUUGAAGAUGAGUAAGGAGAUUGGGGGAGACGUGCAGAAACAUGCGGAGAUGGUGCACACAGGCCUGAAGUUGGAGCGAGCUCUCCUCGUUACAGCCUCUCAGUGCCAGCAGCCAGCCGGUAAUAAGCUUUCUGAAUUGUUGGCACCUAUCUCGGAGCAGAUCCAAGAAGUUAUAACCUUCCGGGAGAAGAACCGAGGCAGCAAGUUUUUCAAUCAUCUGUCAGCUAUCAGUGAAAGCAUCCAGGCCCUGGGCUGGGUGGCUCUGGCAGCAAAACCUGGCCCCUUUGUGAAAGAGAUGAAUGAUGCUGCCAUGUUUUACACAAACCGAGUCCUCAAGGAAUACAGAGAUGUGGAUAAGAAGCACGUGGACUGGGUCAGAGCUUACUUGAGUAUAUGGACAGAGCUGCAGGCGUACAUCAAGGAGUUCCAUACCACUGGCCUGGCUUGGAGCAAGACGGGGCCUGUGGCAAAAGACCUGAGUGGAUUACCAUCUGGACCCUCUGCUGGAUCAGGCCCACCUCCUCCCCCACCGGGCCCACCUCCUCCCCCGAUCCCUACUGGUUCUGGCUCUGACGACUCUGCCUCCCGCUCCGCACUGUUUGCACAGAUCAAUCAGGGGGAGAGCAUCACACACGCCCUGAAACAUGUAUCUGAUGACAUGAAGACUCACAAGAACCCUGCCCUGAAAGCUCAGAGUGGUCCAGUGCGAAGUGGUCCCAAGCCAUUUUCUGCACCUAAACCCCAAACUAACCCCUCCCCCAAGCCAGCCACAAAGAAGGAGCCAGCUCUGCUCGAACUGGAAGGCAAGAAGUGGAGAGUGGAAAACCAGGAGAAUGUUCCCAACCUGGUGAUUGAUGACACUGAACUGAAGCAGGUGGCUUACAUAUACAAGUGUGUCAACACAACAUUGCAAAUCAAGGGCAAAAUUAACUCCAUUACAGUAGAUAACUGUAAGAAGCUCGGCCUGGUGUUUGAUGAUGUGGUGGGCAUUGUGGAGGUAAUCAACAGCAGGGAUGUCAAAGUGCAGGUGAUGGGAAAAGUGCCAACCAUUUCCAUUAACAAAACAGAUGGCUGCCAUGUUUACCUGAGCAAGAACUCCCUGGACUGUGAGAUAGUCAGUGCCAAAUCUUCUGAGAUGAAUGUCCUCAUUCCUACAGAAGGCGGGGAUUUCAACGAGUUCCCAGUCCCCGAGCAGUUCAAGACCCUGUGGAACGGGCAGAAGUUGGUCACCACAGUGACUGAAAUCGCUGGAUAAGCGAAUGCCUGUGGGUCCUGUGCCCUCUCCCUUCACACCAUGGGACACAUCUGUAUGGAGACGUUUCUUUUCUAGAUUUCCUCUACCUUUCUGCUCUUAAACUGCUUCUCUGCGCUGAGAAGCCCAGCUACCUGCCUUCACUGAAUAUACCUCAGGCUGAGAUGGGCGGGACAGCGGGUCAGUGGAUCUUCGCAGGAAGGAGCAGCCUCUCUGCAUCAGUGCAGCUGCUCCGCAGUCCGAGCUUCCGGAGCUGCAGGCCCAGACUAGAGCUCUGAAGCAUUCAGCUUUGGGGGUCAUUCCACCAACAGUCCUUGGGGGUUAAAAACGUCUUGGAAA